CGCCUCCCCUCCCCCACGGCGGGGGCUCCUCGCCGCAGCCUCUGUGCUCCGCUCCCGGUCAUGUGACCCGAACGUAACCGGACAGGAAAAGCCGCCGCCGCCGCCGCCGCGCUGACUCCGUUGUUGCUGCUGCCGGGCGCGGAGACGGCGGCGGCCCCCGCGCGGCGCCACCCGGCGGCCCCCACGCCCCCCAGAGUGUAAAAAAUGGAUUUGGCCAACCAUGGACUUAUUCUGCUGCAGCAGCUAAAUGCUCAGAGAGAGUUCGGUUUCCUGUGUGACUGCACAGUUGCCAUUGGGGAUGUCUACUUCAAGGCACACAAAUCUGUCCUCGCUUCUUUCUCCAACUACUUCAAGAUGUUGUUUGUUCAUCAAACCAGUGAAUGUGUCCGUUUGAAAGCGACCGACAUACAGCCAGAUAUCUUCAGUUAUCUCUUGCAUUUGAUGUACACUGGGAAGAUGGCACCACAACUCAUUGACCCAGUUCGACUAGAACAGGGAAUAAAGUUUCUGCAUGCAUAUCCACUAAUUCAAGAGGCCAGCCUUGCAAGUCAGGGAACUUUUUCUCACCCAGAUCAAGUCUUUCCAUUAGCAUCUUCAUUAUAUGGCAUUCAGAUUGCAGAUCACCAGAUAAGACAUCCCACUAAGGUUACGUCAGCGACUGACAAACUUGGGCGAGAACCACGGCCUCAGACAUCCCGGAUGAACCAAGAGCAGGCUUCUGAAGGCUCGCAGCUCUCGCAGUUGGGUGCAAAUCUGCCACAAGUGACCCGGACAAAUAUGUCUGCUUCUGACCCAUUGCCAUCUUCUCUAUCUCCGGAAUUGGUGUCUGCUGCUGGUAAUAAUUCACCUUCGGGAGAAGAGGGCAAUAUGGAAGCAUCUUCUUCAGAUGAGCAGCCUGCCUCUCUCACAAUAGCACACGUCAAGCCAAGCAUUAUGAAAAGGAACGGAAGCUUCCCAAAAUACUAUGCCUGUCACCUCUGCGGUCGCCGGUUCAACCUGCGCAGCAGCUUGCGGGAGCACCUGCAGAUCCACACGGGAGUUCCCUUCACAUCUAGCCAGCAGGGAGAAAGUAAUAUUUCUUUGUCUCUCUGUAACAACACGGCUGAUAAAGAUGCCAUGGAAGUGCCUGAAGCGGGGAUGAUUAGUGACAGCGAGCUGCAGCAGAUCUCAGACUCCCCAAUAAUUGAUGGGCAGCAGCAGUCAGAGACACCUCCCCCCUCCGAUAUCGCAGAUAUUGACAACCUGGAGCAGGCAGAUCAAGAGAGGGAGGUAAAGAGACGGAAAUACGAAUGUUCCAUCUGUGGUCGCAAAUUUAUUCAGAAAAGCCACUGGAGGGAGCACAUGUACAUACACACGGGCAAGCCCUUCAAGUGCAGCACUUGUGACAAAAGCUUUUGUAGGGCUAACCAGGCUGCCAGACACGUGUGCCUAAACCAGAGCAUGGACACGUACACGAUGGUGGAUAAACAGACUCUGGAGCUCUGUACUUUUGAGGAAGGCAGUCAAAUGGACAACAUGCUAGUACAGACCAACAAGCCCUACAAAUGUAACUUGUGUGACAAAACUUUUUCAACUCCCAAUGAAGUAGUCAAACAUUCGUGCCAAAAUCAAAACUCUGUCUUUACACUAGAAGAAGAUCGCUCCAUUCUGUUAGGUGGUGGGGACACAGAAGCCACAGAGACUGAUAACGCAGUGUUAGCCUCCAUCAAAAAGGAGCAGGAAGCAGUGUUGUUAGACUGAAUGUGAAACCUAUAUCAAUUUUUUAAAGUUUCUUUACUCAUUUUUUAUUAAAUCAAUUUUUUCCUCCCCCUACCUCUUACCUCACUUACCCCACCAUCUUUUCCAGCAACCUCCUUCCCACCCUUUGUCUUCAGCAACCAGAACUGUACUGGCACAUUAGGAAAUUGGACUUUGCCUCUCCCACCAAAACAAACAAAAAGCUCUUGCAUCAAACCACAACAAAAUUGAUUUUAAUACAAAGGAACAUGUGAAAAAACAAUCCAGCUAACUAUGUUGAUAGUAUUAGUUAUUCCAAAUUUAAUAGAUUUUAAACAAAAUUUAGAUUGCUUAAAAGUGUAUUUAGAUACAAUGAUGAGUGUAAUGAGAAACAGAGUAUCAGUUUGGUAAGCAAAGGAUAUAUGUAUUUUAGUUUCCCUGGUAGAAGGCAUUUUGAGAUCUGGCAGAUUAAACACCGUGCUCUUUACAAGUCCGCAUGCAAGUUGAUUAAGGUUAUAACCUAAGCCCUCAGAACUUUUCCUCAAGGAAUGCAGAAAUCUCUGUUCAUUGAGUUAAAAAGAGCUGAGGGUGUUGGUUUUCUUUUAGCUGUAUGUCUUCCUUCAAGUAUGCCUUUGGGUAUCUGUUUCAGAGUCAAGCAAAGUCGUUACUUAGUCAAAUUCUGACUUAAGUAGCUGUAAUAGUAAUGUGAUGGCAAUCUUUAUAUAUAUAUAUAUAUAAAUACUGUAUAUGUAUAAAGAUUUAUAUAUAUAUAAAGUGUCUGUGUGUAUAUUUGGUACAGGUAAAUAAAUGCACACAUCCUUUUUAACUGGCCGUCUGCUCUCAGAUUCAGCCUGGAAUGUCUUUUAGUUGUUUGACAAAGCUAGUCAUUGCACAGGUUGCUUUUAGCCAAAUUUGAAACGUCCUGAGCUGUGUGCAUUUUUAUUGACCUGUUGAAGAGAAGCCAAUAGGUAAGUGUUGUCACCCAAGCUACCAAGGAAACUAGAGAAGUGGCAUACUGGUGAGCACUGCACCAUCAUUAGUGCAGCACAUGCGUGUGUUGUUAGCUAUACAGAGCUUUGAGUCAUUCUGGAUGAAAGGAGAGAGAAAAGCUUUAUUCCCUUACUCAGGCAAGGAAUGUCCAUGAUUGCAUUUGGUCUAAUGGCAUGAGUUAAGAGGAAGGAAAAGCGGUGUUCUAGCAACAGGUGAUCAUGGUUGUUUUAAAAUGAAUCUGUAGUGCUGGCUGGGAAAUUCUGCUCUAUGAGUUACUUUGAAAGCCAAGACAAAGCCUGCAAAACCUGAAAGGAUGAAUUCUGUAGUUUUAGUUACUGCUGAUGGUAGUACUGCAUCUUUGUGUUAAAAAUCAAGUUGUUGAUUUUUAUUAUUUUAUAUAGAUGCCCAGAUUUUUUGCUGGUAGCCUAAAAACCUAAACUGACAGCAGCAGUGAAGCCCACGGAGCAAUUACUGGGCCAACAGAAGGUCUAAGUGGACAGAAAAAGUGCCCCAUCAUAAAUGGAGACAGUGUGUGUUUGGGGGGAGGGGUGGGAGAGGGCAAGUCACAAACCACAGCUCUUCUCUGUGUAUACGUUUAAACUGAAUAUCAUCUUUUUGUGUAUAGUUAAGUUCUCAGAUUUGUAAGUUUUUAUACAUCAUUUCAUUGAAUAAAAACUGAAUUAAAUGG